GGUAAUUCAAAACCUUCAAGUAAUUUGCAAAUUCCCCAUAGUUCUCGGUAUUUUAUGUUGUGACGCUGAUGAAAUUCCCAUCUUUCAUAUCUCUUUAGUCCCAGUUUCUCUUAUAUGCAGUGUAGUAUAUUAUGGGUUGAUCUUCUGUAAGCGUAGGAAAAGAAAUUUUGUUAAAUUACAUAGUAAGAGUGAAAAAGUGGGCUAUAAAACAAGUGUGAAGAUAAAAGUUGAAGGUAUGCGUGAAGAAGUUUAGUGUUCCAGUGGAGGAGUGUAGAUGGUUACUGUUUUCCUCCUACAAAGCGCACAUACAAAAUUUGGGAAAUUAUUGAAAUAUAAAGGAGAAAGAAAGAGAAAAAGGAGACAUAAUGGCGACAUAUAUUCCUCGGACGACUAGUAAAUUUUUUCCAACCUAACCUCAUAUCACCCAGCAUUGCUCAUCGAGGAGGACGGUAGCUCAGCAUGCGUACUUAUCUUAAGUAUUUCAGUCGAUAAAUCAAAAAACUGAUGCCAAUCUAUGAGACAUGACUUUCGCUCAAAAAUGUUUAACCUAAUGAAAAGUUCUUUGCAAAAUAGGUGGCUGAAUAUUUACUUCGUAAUUUAGGUCCAUCGUAGUCCCAACCAAAAUCAUCGAUUAUAAUUGGUUCUACAAAGUUGUAAACACUAAAAUUGUUGUCGAGGUUUAUUAUAAGAUUCUCCAAAACGUAUAUUGCUAUCUAGUUGAAGGAUGACAGUUUCAUCUUUAACACAGCGUAAUGAUGUUACAUACACUGGGCGAUUUCAAAUCCUCCCUAACUCAUUUAGCUUUCAUCGUCAGUAUACACAAAUCUACUUGGCACGUUUAGCUUCGGCUAAGCCAGUUUUAGCAAAGUUGGCUGAACACAAAUGGACAAGUGCUGGCCAUUCUCAUUUCCCUAUUCGAUCACUAGCUGAUUUAAAUGCUGAUGAAAUGUGUGUUAUCAUCGGUACAGUAUUCAAGGAAAUGCGUUUAAAACCAAGUGUAUUACGUGAUAUUGCAGUUAUGGAAACAGACAAUGUUGGUUCAGAUAUUCAUCUCGCUUCAACAGAUAUCCAAUCAAUGGUUCGCCUAACAUCAGAUGAUGAUUCACUUUACCUCGAAGAUGAAGUUCAACGUAUUAAUUUGUGUUUACCUAGUGAAAUGUCAAAGCUUUGGUUACCAGCUAAUUUGAUUACUGGUAUUGUCGUAGCAGUCCUUGGUCGUGAACUUGAAUCUCAACCUGGUUUCUUUCAUGUAGAAGAUAUCAUGUUCUUGGAACCUCAACCUGAAAGGCCUAUCGCAAUCCAUACGAUUUCUCAUGCUGAUAGCAAUCCUGCAGUUUUUCGUAGCUCAGGUCCUUGGCUUGGUGUUGUUUGUGGUUUAGGCUUUGCGGGUAGUGGUCGCGUUAAACCUGGACAUUCAAUGGCUCUUCAACUACUUGCUGAUUGGAUACGCUGUGCUGGGGACUUUGAUGGUACAAUGGAGUCCCAUACAAAUGCUGGUUUGGUCCGUCUCUUGAUCUUAGGCGAAUCGAUUAGAUCUUCAGGAUCGACUAUGGAUGAAGAUAGUGAUAAGGGUACACCAGCUAUGCGUCUUACACAACGUGCUCGCUACUUAACUCGUAAUGCAGAUGCAGAGACCGUUACUGCUAUGGCUCGUCUAGACCAAUGGCUAGCCAGUCUUCCUAUUGGACCAGGAUGCAACAAUGGUAGUACAGCUAGUAAUGGUAUUGCCAUAGAUUUAUUACCUGGCCCAUCCGAUCCAACGUCAUUGCUCAUGCCUCAACAGCCUAUUCAUUCAGCUGCACUGCCUUGCGCUGUUUCCCGUUCAGGUGGUGUCGGAAGUGGAAAUUUAUGCGGUCGUACUAAUCCAUAUAGCUUUCUAUUCGAAGGUCGACGUAUUCUUGCUACUUCUGGUCAGGGUGUUAAUGAAUUGUAUAGGUAUACAAAAUUAGAGAAGGCUUGUGAUAGAAUGGAAGCCACUUUACUUUGGGGUCAUUUAGCACCUACUUGCCCUGAUACAUUAGCAGGAUAUCCAAUGAUUGAUAAUGAUCCACUUCUUCUACACUCAUCCUAUUCUACUGAAUUUUCCAAUAAUAUUAGUCAUGAUUAUCCUGAUAUAUAUAUUGCUGGCUGUCAACCUGAAAAUAAUCCAUCAUGGCGACGUGCUAGAUUACAUUGGAAUGAAGAAAUAAGUGAAGAGAAUUCAGGCGCACUCUUAGUAUCUGUACCACGUUUUGAUUCAUCAUAUUCUAUUGUACUUGUCAAUUUAAGAUCACUUGAAUGUCGUGUAGUUCGUAUGGAUUUAAGCCUAUUAGAUGAAGAAGAUAAUUAAAUUGUUGAAAGUUUCUCUUUCUUCUUUUUGGCAUAUUUACUCUUGUAUAUGUACCUUUCUUGAUGUAAAUGUUUGCACUCAUAUCCGACAUAUUUAUUUGUUUACACUUUAUUUUUAGAGAAAAAAAGAUUUUCUUAUUUAAAU